GGAGGGAGUCCUCUCCCGAGGACACUGCGCGCGCACUCGAACGAAGAGAAAGAGCGACAGAUCCAGAGAAUCACAGAGAGAGAGAGAGAGAGAGUGGUCUUCCCACAGGACCUGAGGACGCAGCUGCUUGGCAUCCUGCCAUCGCCGUUGCCCAUUAGUAUACAAAACGGCAGCGAAUCCAUCGUGUGUGCCACACAAGACGGCAACACGACACCGCGACACCGCGACACCGCGACAGCACGACAGAACGGCCCCACGGCCGCAGAGACAACAGGCGGGGGCACCACCGCUUGAAAGGAGCGCCAAAAUUCGCGUCAAAUGAAGUGAAAAGUGAAAGAAAAACCCGAAUUGGUGCGGCCAUGAAAUCCGCUGACUUUGAUAACAAACUAUAAACUGCAUGGGGAAAAUGCGCGCACACGAGGAUACGCGAUUGUGAAACUGUGAAAGUGCAAUCAAAUAAAUUCCCCCAAAGAAAAGUGGAAAAGUACCAGCGGAAAGGUCAACCGUGGAAAAUGUGCAUACAAAACUGCGACAACAUCAAAAUCUGCGACAGUAACGGCAGCCACCACCACCACCAGCACCAGCAGCACCACCACCACCACCGCGACGCCCAAGACAUAGUCGCAGUCGUUGAGGUCGUUGAGGGUGGAGAGAAUAACGUCAUCCAUACAUCCGACCCACACUACGAGAACUUUAAAUCCAAACUGCAACUGCAGUCCGAGCUGAACAGGAAGAGGCAAAGGUCGGUUAAAGUCAAGGCACCCAAACUGUCAAACUUCAAGAUUCUUAUGUGCUGUUGCUACUUCAUCGUUAUAGUCAUGAUGAUCUAAGAACAAUUCUACCAAGAACUGCAAGCAGAUAACCAACAAAAUACUACACGAAACAAUUACAAUAUAAAGCAAUAUUUUAAUCUCGACCUAACAUAAAAAGCAGUUGCGAAUCGAUUGGUGUCAGUAGAAUAAUCCCG